AAAGGAGUAAAAAAUUCCCAUUAAUCUAAAAUUCAGCCGAGCUAGCGAAAUUUCCAUCGGCAUCUAGAGAAUUUAAGGAUUCGUCGACACGACAACGUAAAAUACAAAAUUUUCAACAGAGCGAUCGAUAGCUAAAGCAUAAUCGGAUAUUUUCCGUGUAAAUAACGGAGGUUGUGGAAUCGCAUAAUCAGUAGCGCAGACAGGCGAACCGAAUUACGGAGCAAAUAAAAAUUAAAAUGCCUGUCAAUGUUUUUUUGUUAGCAAACAGGAUUUUAAGCGAACGAGCGGCUUCGCCUCUGCCUCAAUGGGUAAUUUUUUAAAAGCUCUUUAUUUACUCGUGAGAAAGUAUUUCCGAGCGAGAAACAAUUUCCAAUUUCGCGAAGCGACGUGCAAAAAAUAUUUUUGGCCAGGUUAUAAAUCGAAUUGCGCCAGUAAAUUGGUUUCAAAGUUGAGGCAAACAAUAAUCUUCUCUCGCAAGAAAUUAUUUCGAAGAAGUGGAUUUAAGGGAGCUUAGGCGAGAAAUUAUCAUUUAGAACAGGUCUCUUCGAUCGAAAGUAAUUUCAUUAGGACAAUUGCGGAUUUGAGCCCGUGAGACAAGAAUGCACUAGUUAGCAACACGGCUUUAAACUCGUCAUUUUUUCUGGUAUUUACGGCACAAGGUGAUGUUUCAUUUAAUAAUAGAUUCAAAUUCGCUGCAACUACUAACAUUUGAAAAAUUUUUGAGGGCUGCCAGAUCACCAGCACCUGUCGACUGAUUUCAUCAUUUGUUUCAUACUCGACUGGAAGUGACUAAUUUUAAACACCGGCAAAUAUAACUUAAUGGCUUUUCACCACCAUCACUUCAUUACAGAAAUUCAAUUUUGGAUGGAACCUACUUGCGCGGCAUUUCCAAUCCACGCAUGCGCAAAAUUCGAAUCAUAACUACCAGCCUGAAAAAAAAAGGCAUUGUGAAGCCUGACGCACAACUUCCGACACGCUUCUCGCAACCUGAAACCAAGCAACUCGAUCAUCUCGAUACUCGACUAACUCUGAAUCGCGGACGACCGACACAACUACUGACAACUUAAACCAAACUAAAACUUAAAACUUAAACCUAAAACCACCUUAACAGAAUAGUGAACGAAGAACUGUAUCUAGUACUAGAUAGUACCAGUACUGAUAUGCUCAUGAUAUCAAAAUUGACGCUCGACUGAUGCCCAAGCGAGUCCGUCAGUUAUAAUGACGGGUACAGCUCCGGGUGCCACCAGCAAUGGUGGAAGCGACGCUUCCACCAGCCAUUGCAAGGGUCAUCGACGGCAGGAGUCCAUGUACGCAAUGACAGGACUUUACUCUGAAAGUGUUCCCGAAGACAAUGGUACAGCGGAUACGAAAUGUUCGACGACAUUUUGUCAUGACACCGUUAUAAAAUGUCACAGUCGUAACCCAUCGGCCGGUUUUGAUAGGGACAAAGCUGCACAUGCCACGACAUACUCAGACCCACCACCUGUGAUAUUAAGGGAUACAAAAGAAUGCGGAAUCCUUAAGUGCCGACCCUCCUUCAUUCAAAAAUAUGCAGGAAUUAAGUGUUUUGUUUUUCUUUUAUCAUUCCUCGUUACUUUGCAACAAGCGUUAAGCUCCGGAUAUAUCAAUUCUGUGAUAACAACCAUUGAAAAGCGUUUUGAGAUUCCAUCGAGUCUUUCAGGAUUAAUUGCGUCGUCGUACGAAAUGGGUAAUGUGAUAACCGUAAUAUUUGUUAGUUAUUUGGGGAGUCGGCGCCAUAUCCCGGUGUGGAUCGGCGUAGGUGCCGUGAUUAUGGGUGUUGGGUCUCUGAUUUUCAUGGUACCGCACUUUAUCGGUGACGAGAACGUCGGUGAGGUGGUAAUAAACAAUACAGACGAAAAUAUGUGUCGCGUUAUAUCAGUUCACGAAGAAGAUAUGGGCCUGGGACGGCUGUCCUCUGGUUUGUCGUCACCACCUCUAGCCCCUAAUAACCUCAGGGGUGACAACUGCAUUCAGGGUUCUCCUUCAACGACUGGACCAGUAUUGUUAUUCGUACUUGCACAAUUGUUAUUAGGCUGUGGAGGUUCGCCAUUAUUCACAUUGGGAACAACUUACGUUGAUGAUCAUGUACGACCAGAGAGUUCUUCUAUUUAUAUCGGCUGUAUGUACAGUAUGGCUGCGUUCGGUCCCGUGCUCGGGUUCUUACUGGGCGCAUAUUUGCUGUCUUUCCACAUGGAUUCUUUCUCCAAAAUUAUAUCAAUAGAUGCUGGUGACAGCAGAUGGGUGGGGAUGUGGUGGGGUGGAUUUUUAUUAGGAGGUCUUCUUCUAAUUUUCGUGUCAAUUCCCUUCUUCUCUUUUCCUAAAGUUCUUACGCACGAAAAAGAGAAAAUUCGUUUAACUGAAAAAGCUGCUGCUGCUGGAAGUAGUACUGCUGCUGCUACUACCACUACCAAUACUAAUCAACACGCAACAGCGCCUAUGACUAAAAAUGAUUCAGGGUAUGGCAAAGACAUUAAAGAUAUUCCUCGUUCAAUGUGGCGUCUUGCUUGUAAUCCUAUUUAUAUAGUUACAUGUCUAGGAGCAUGUAUGGAAUUAAUAAUUGUAUCAGGGUUCGUGGUGUUUUUACCAAAGUAUCUAGAAACACAAUUUAGUUUAGGUAAAAGUCAAGCGAGUGUAUUCACAGGAUCCAUCGCAAUUCCUGGUGCAUGCAUUGGUAUCUUCAUGGGCGGCUGUAUUUUAAAAAGAAUGGAGCUGCGUCCCAAGGGUGCCGUUCAGUUCGUUCUUAUCUCCAAUAUAAUAUGUUUAAUUUGUUACGUUUUGUUGUUUUUCCUGGGUUGUGAUAAUUUGAAAAUGGCCGGAACCACUAUUCCUUACUUUAACAGCACCCACGCUGAACCUUUCCAAGUGAAUUUGACGUCGUCGUGCAACUUUGGAUGUGAAUGUAGCAUGAACGAUGUAGAACCAGUAUGUGGCAACAACGGUUUAACUUAUUUUAGCCCUUGUCAUGCCGGCUGCACAUCAACAUUAAGAUCUGAUUAUACCAAUUGUGCCUGUAUUCACGGAAAUAUGAGCCUGAGUGGAACAACUUCGUCCGUAAAUCUUGCUGCUAGAACUAAUAGUGAAUACGCUGAAGUCACUGUUGUUCCUGUUGCAACUGCUGGUCCUUGCAAUUCAUCUUGUCAUACGAUAUAUCCAUUUUUGAUACUUCUAUUCUUUAUGACGUUUAUAGUGGCUAUAACGCAGAUGCCAUUACUUAUGAUAGUUUUAAGAUCUGUAAAUGAAGAAGAGCGUUCGUUUGCCUUAGGGAUGCAGUUUGUGAUAUUUCGGUUAUUUGGUUAUAUACCGGCUCCAAUUCUGUUUGGUAACUUGAUUGACUCAACUUGUUUACUCUGGAAGAGUACCUGUGGCUCUAAAGGGGGCCGAUGCCUCCUGUAUGACAUCGAGCAAUUCCGCUAUAGAUAUGUAGGACUUUGUGCAGGCAUUAAAAUUCUGGCUCUAGGUAUAUUCAUGGUGGACUGGUGGUUGGUACGACGUCGCAAGCACCUGGACGAAGCUGGCGGCAUAACAACAAAUGAAAUCGUGGGGUCAAUUAUAAGCCUAGAUAAGUUGUUUGAGGAAAAACCCGAAUCCGGUCAUAGGAGGAAUUUAAGCUCCGUGUCCACUUAUUCAUGUCCAACGUCACCUAAACACGAUGAAAAUGGUUCUGCUGGCGUUACCACAAAAACUGAAAUACUUUCUAAUGUGGUAAGCCCGACCGAUGUAAAUAUUUCCGAGGAAGAUGUCAAGUCUCCAGGUGAAGAUGAACAACGCACUAGCUUGGAAAGGCGACACUCAUAGACUUAUUUUAAGUAACUUAUAAAUGCACUUACAUCUUUAGUGAUUCCUGCCUUAAAGACGUAUAGGUUUUUAAAAUUUGCUAUGGAUUUUACCGCGUAUGACGUAGGCGAGCUAUAUUUUAACUUUCUUUUUUUUUUAGUUUGAUUCUUUAUUUUUUACGAUUUUUAUUUAUUAAUUACUUAAUGAUUUUAGUUUAAUUGAAUCUCUUCUACUCAACCCUUACUUCGUUUACCGCGAACUGUGAUCUUACUUCCGUGGUAGCUGAGAAAGAGAAAGAGUCAGCCAUUGCGGAAACUAUCAAAGUUCGGAUGUUAGUUUAGGAGACGUGUGUUUCUCUUUGUGAUCUCUCGGUCAAUUUAACAUUAACUGUAUAAAAUGUUUUUAUUUUUAUGACAUUUCGUACAUAAUUUAUGAACGACAUUCCAAUGAAUAAGUUGCUAGGUCUAGAUCUAUUGUGUACUUAUUACACUUAGUUUUAAUUUACGUAUUAAAUAUUGCAAUAAAACAGUGCCACAUUAUUGAAAUUUAUGUAUUUAAAUAACUACUAAUCGAUUGCCCAUAAGGUAAUUAUCAACACACAUGUAGAAUUUGUUUAAAUUCAAUUAACUCAUAGAGGCCUAUAUUAUAUAUUUAUUAGUGCAAUAUAUCUUAAAUAAAUUUAAAGCACAUCUGUGGUUUUUGAUACUUUGUUGAUAGUAAUUGAACAAAACAAAAUCUACAAUGCUCAAUUCUUUUCGGUUAUCGAACUUUUGUCAUUUGUUGUAAUCGACCCUUUAAAUGGAACAAUCAUUCUCCGUUAAUAAUUAAUCAAAGAAAUUUAUUUUUACUCUACUAACAGAAUUAUUUUACUAUUUAAAGGGUUCAUCGCUUCAGAAAUUUGAAAAGUCCAUAAAUUCUAUUUUGUCACGCUGUAUCCAUUUUUAAUACAAUCUAAAACAACAGUUUUUGUUUUAUUUCACAAUAUUGUUACUCAUUUUCAUCAAUCACUCUAUCUAGGCUUCUUAGUCUAACACGCCUUCUCUACUCUGUAACCCAUUUCAUUUAAUGUGUAAGCGAUCAAAUCAAAAUUCCUAGACCUUAGAUAUAAGUACGUAUGCGCAUGAAGCUAAGUCACGCAUGCGUAUCAUACUUCUCAGCACACUUCAGGAACACUAUGCAUGAAUUUGCUUAAAAAAUUUAACAUCGACAAUCAGCGAAAUCGGCACAAAUCCAUUAAAACAUAUCCAAUGUAACGAGUAGUCGAAAAACUUACGUUCAACUUAGAAUUUUGUGCAACUGCUGAGAAUACCUUGGUGAGACAGUGCUCGCAUACAUGGAGUUCCAUUUGGACAGCGCAGAAUAUUGCCAGGCUCAACACAAAUAAAUUAGUUAAAAAAGGAAGGAAAGCAUUGAAAAUUUAGUCAUUUGCAUCAUCGCCAUAGCAUUGUUGGAAUUACCUCAACAAGAGCCAAAUAAGAUUAUCUUCCCUACAAUCUACUAUAUUUGCAUAAGCAUAUCAUCAAGUAUAAAAAUAGUGUACAUAACUCAAAAGUUCUAGGCAAAUUAAUCCUAUGUUAAUUUAUUUGAAAGACUGAAGUAUUGCUUUAAACUCCCGAUAUAUAGUUUAAAGUAUAAUUUUGUGGAAAUUGUUUUUAUAACUAUACAAUUUUGGCCCAUAAUAGAGGAGAUUACCUUAUUUGAUCUCCAAGAGUGAUACUCUGAUAUUCUAAACACAUUUAGUGUUACUUGAAAGUGUCUUGUUGUGGAAUGAACAGUACAGCCA